AUGGGCAAUCACACCCCCGUGGGCACCUUCCUUCUGUGGGGCUUUUCCAGUUUCCCAGGCCUGCAGACUCUCCUCUUUGUGGUGAUUCUCUUCUCCCACGCCACCAUCCUUGCUGCAAAUGCGUCUGUAGUGGUGGCCAUCAAGUGCACGCACAACCUUCACACCCCCCUGUACUUUCUGCUCGGAGGGCUGUCCUUUUCGGAAACCUGUACCACUGUGGCAAUUAUCCCCCGACUGCUGGUGGAUCUCCGGUCAGAAAGCAAGACCAUUUCUCUCUCAGAGUGUGCCACACAGAUGCUGUUCUUCUUUGGCUUGUCGUGCAGCAACUGCUUCAUCCUGUCUGCCAUGUCCUACGACCGCUGCACUGCCAUCCGCAACCCGCUGCGCUACGACCUGGUGACCCCGAAGGUCUGCUUCCAGCUGAUGGCGGCCUCCUGGGUGGUUGGGUUCCUGGUUUCCCUGUGCCUUGUCGUCGUCGUAUUCAACCUGUCUUUCUGUGACUCCAGCGUCAUCCAGCACUUCUUUUGUGACAUCUCACCUGUGAUGCGCCGCUGUGACUAUGCUCUCUACCAUGAAGUGGCUGUGUUUGUGUUCUCCGCCUUUGUGUUGGGGGGCAGCUUUAUCCUAAUUAUGAUUUCCUUCGUCUUCACUGGGUCCGUAGUUAUGAAGGUGCCUUCUGCCAGGGGGAGGGGUAAGGCCUUCUCCACCUGCUCCUCCCACCUGACCGUGGUGUGCAUACACUAUGCAUUUGCCGGCUUUGUCUAUCUGAGGCCCAAGGACAGGGCCUCCCUCCGUGAAGAUAUGCUGAUGGCUGUGGCAUCCACAAUACUGACUCCUCUGCUUAAUCCCAUCAUUUACAGUCUAAGAAACAAAGAAAUGCAGGUAGCCCUAAGGAAGGUGCUAGAUAAGAAAGUUCACCCCUCAGAUGCGGGCUCAUCGGGGCGUCUCAUCCUGGUCUUUUGUGAAGCCUCUGACAACGAGGCUGGGGACUCACCAGGAACACAAGUGAGCAUUUAUGACCCCGAAGCCCAUCGUCGCAGAGGACAGGACCAGAGCAGCACCUCCAGGAAUCUCACUGUCGGGCUCCACCUGGCCACCCCCCCAGAGGGUCCUCAGUCGUACUCGUAA